CAAAAAGUGCCAAAACCUCUCCGCCCGCCCAAACAAUCACGCGCGAAAAAAUCCCGCCCCUCUUGCGCUUUCUCCAAAGCGGCUCCGCUCCCCCUUUCCCGUUUCAAAUUUAUUUGCACGCCGCAAGCGCACCGAUCCCUCGAGGCCGUUCGAAUCUCUCGCCGCCUCUUCCCUCUUCUCCGUUCUCCAAAUUCCCAAAGCCCCAGGCGCCCGGCGCACCAACCGUCCGCCGCCCUGGUCCGUGGCCGCGACGUGUUCGACGGAACGCCCCGCCCGGGCAGCAGAAGCAACGCCGUCAGCGGAGAUGUACGUGGUAAAGCGCGACGGGCGGCAGGAGGCCGUCCACUUCGACAAGAUCACCGCGCGGCUCAAGAAGCUCAGCUACAGCCUCAGCCAGGACCACUGCGACCCCGUCCUCGUCGCCCAGAAGGUCUGCGCCGGCGUCUACAAGGGCGUCACCACCAGCCAGCUCGACGAGCUAGCCGCCGAGACCGCCGCUGCCAUGACCGCCUCCCACCCAGACUACGCCUCGCUUGCGGCGAGGAUCGCGGUCUCCAACCUGCACAAGAAUACCAUGAAGUCCUUCUCAGACACGGUGAAAGUCAUGUAUACACAUUUCAACGAGAGGUCUGGGUUGAUGGCUCCUCUGAUCGCUGAUGAUGUCUAUGAGAUCAUCAUGAAGAAUGCUACUCGGUUGGACAGUGAGAUAAUUUAUGACAGAGACUUUGACUACGAUUAUUUUGGUUUUAAGACGCUUGAGAGGUCUUAUUUGUUGAAAGUUGGUGGAAAGGUUGUGGAAAGGCCACAGCAUAUGUUAAUGAGAGUUUCUGUUGGAAUACACAAGGAUGAUAUCGAGUCUGCUGUGAAAACGUACCACAUGAUGUCCCAGCGCUGGUUUACUCAUGCUUCCCCAACCCUUUUCAACGCUGGCACCCCAAGGCCUCAAUUAAGUAGCUGCUUUCUUAUCUGCAUGAAAGACGAUAGUAUUGAGGGAAUUUAUGAUACUCUCUCAGAAUGCGCUUCCAUAAGCAAAUCUGCUGGAGGAAUUGGUGUCUCAAUUCACAACAUUAGAGCUACUGGGAGUUAUAUUCGAGGCACAAAUGGAACUUCUAAUGGAAUUGUUCCCAUGCUACGUGUUUUCAAUGAUACUGCACGCUAUGUUGAUCAAGGUGGAGGCAAGAGAAAAGGGGCAUUUGCUAUAUACUUGGAGCCUUGGCAUGCUGAUAUUUUUGACUUUCUUGAUCUAAGAAAGAACCAUGGAAAGGAGGAGAAUCGUGCAAGGGAUCUUUUCUAUGCUCUCUGGAUUCCUGAUUUAUUCAUGGAAAGGGUGCAAAGAAAUGAGCAAUGGUCACUGUUUUGUCCCAGUGAAGCUCCAGGUUUGUCUGAUUGCUGGGGGGAUGAGUUUCAGAAUCUGUACAAGAAGUAUGAAAGAGAAGGUAAGGCAAAGAAAGUUGUUUCAGCACAGUCCCUCUGGUUUGGCAUUUUGAAGGCACAGAUAGAAACUGGAACGCCAUAUAUGCUUUACAAGGACACUUGCAAUAGGAAAAGUAAUCAGCAAAAUCUGGGCACGAUUAAGUCCUCAAACUUGUGCACAGAGAUAAUUGAGUUCACAAGUCCCACUGAAACUGCUGUCUGCAAUCUAGCAUCAAUUGCUUUACCUCGUUUUGUAAGGGAAAAGGAUGUUCCCAUAGAGUCCCAUCCAGCUAAGCUCGUUGGUAGCAAUGGGUCAAAAAACAGAUACUUUGACUUCGAUAAAUUAGCCGAGAUUACUUCAACUGUUACAUGCAAUCUCAACAAAAUAAUAGAUAUUAAUUAUUACCCCAUUGAGACAGCAAGGAGGUCAAAUAUGAGGCACAGGCCAAUUGGAAUAGGAGUUCAAGGCUUAGCAGACACUUUCAUUUUACUUGGCAUGCCAUUUGAUUCACCAGAGGCCCAGCAGUUAAAUAAGGAUAUCUUUGAGACCAUUUAUUAUCAUGCUCUGAAAGCUUCUGCCGGGCUUGCCGCAAAAGAAGGUCCUUAUGAAACUUAUGAUGGGAGUCCAGUCAGCAAGGGUAUUCUUCAACCUGAUAUGUGGAACGUAGUGCCAUCAGACAGAUGGAACUGGCCAGCUAUAAGGGAGAUGAUCUCCAAUGUUGGAAUAAGAAACUCUCUUCUCGUUGCUCCAAUGCCAACUGCUUCUACUAGUCAAAUUCUUGGCAACAAUGAGUGUUUUGAACCGUAUACGUCAAACAUAUACAGUCGAAGAGUUUUAAGUGGUGAGUUUGUUGUAGUGAACAAGCAUCUCCUCCAUGAUUUGACCGAGAUGGGUAUCUGGUCUCCUGCUCUGAAAAACAAUAUUAUCUAUGAGGAUGGUUCUGUCCAAAAGAUAUCUGAGAUCCCAGAUGAUCUAAAAGCAAUUUACAAGACUGUGUGGGAGAUCAAGCAGAAAACUGUUGUUGACAUGGCCGUAGAUCGUGGCUGCUAUAUUGAUCAAAGUCAGAGCCUUAACAUUCACAUGGAUCAAGCAAACUCUGGGAAGCUAACUUCCCUCCACUUCCACGCUUGGUCCAAGGGCCUGAAAACCGGGAUGUAUUAUCUAAGGACACGAGCUGCUGCUGAUGCAAUCAAAUUCACAGUGGACACUGGUUUUCUCAAGGAUAAGCAGCAGAGCAGGGAGGCAGAGGAUCUCCAGGCUAAAAUGGCGCAGGUUGCCUGUUCCUUGAACAACCGGGAGGACUGCUUGGCCUGUGGAAGUUAGAUUCGCCUGUGUGGCAACCCUACGGCUGACCUAUACAAAUCUCUUACUGAUGGCUUGUCGUCUGACCUGAGUAUCUCCCUUAUGCUAAGCUGCCUGUGCACGAUGAACACUCUGCCCUGUUCUAGAAAUUCACCGUUGGGUAUGCAAUCAUGCUUAGGGCUACUCUACAUGUAUAUAUAUGUGUGUGUGUGUCAUCUACCUCUAUGUAUAAUAUUUGCUUGGGACAAAAAAAAAUCCGUUCUUGUAUGGUUUGCAGCUGGGAUUAUAUCAUAUGAAUGGCAUAUUAUCCCCGACGA